AUGUCCAAGUUAAAAUGGUUCCUCAGAAAGUUGGAGGUCGAGAAUGAACCGGGACUGAGUAAUGCUCAGUUGAUGUUGACCAACAGUGAUCUCGAGCCAGUGGACCCGGAGCGCCGUCAAUGGAGGUGGAUUAACUAUGUCGCCUUCUGGAUUGCGGAUUCAUUGAACAUUAACACAUGGAUGAUUUCAUCCUCAAUGAUCGUCGACGGUCUCUCAUGGUGGCAAUCUUGGCUCUGCGUCUGGAUUGGAUACCUGGUAGCAGCAGCCUUUGUCUGUCUAACAGGUCGCAUCGGAGCCGUCUACCACAUUUCCUUCCCAGUGACGGCCCGCGCUUCGUUCGGAAUUUGGGGUUCUUUCUGGCCCGUCCUGAACAGAGUGGUUAUGGCAAUUAUCUGGUACGGCGUGCAAAGUUAUAUCGGAGGCGAAUGCGUCACUCUAAUGAUUGAAGCAAUCUGGCCCAGCUACCGGAACCUACACAACGGGCUCUCAGCCAGCGCAGGCGUCGACACCAAGAACUUCCUCAGCUUCUUCCUCUUCUGGCUCCUCUCCCUCCCCGCCCUAUGGUUCCCAGUCCACAAAGUGCGCCACCUCUUCACCGUGAAGGCCAUCUACUCCCCCAUCGCGGCCAUCGCCUUUUUCGGCUGGGCGAUCUCCCGCGCCAACGGCCUCGGCCCAAUCAUCCACCAGCCCAACACCGUCCACGGCUCCGACUUCCGCUGGGCCAUGGUGAAAGGAAUCAUGUCGUGCAUCGGCAACUUUGCCGCGCUGAUCAUGAAUGACCCGGAUUUCUCGCGUUUCGCCCGUACCCCCAAGGAUGCGCUUUGGUCUCAGCUGUUCACGAUUCCCAUUGGAUUCGGUGUGACCUCGUUCAUUGGAAUCAUCGUCUCAUCAUCUUCAUCGGUGAUCUUCAACGAUGGAUAUACUUGGAACCCACUGGAUCUUCUCGGCAAAUUCCUCGACGGGGCCAGCUCCGCGCAGCGAUUCGGCAUUUUCAUUAUCGCGACAGGCUUCGCUCUUGCGCAACUGGGAACCAAUAUCUCGGCUAAUUCGGUGUCGGCCGGUACUGAUUUGACGGCUCUCCUGCCACGUUACUUGAAUAUUCGUCGCGGAAGUUAUAUCUGUGCUGCUGUUGGUCUGGCUAUGUGUCCAUGGAACUUGGUUUCAACCUCAAACAACUUCACAACCUACCUCUCGGCCUACUCCCUCUUCCUGUCCGCCAUCGCAGGCGUCAUGAUUUGCGACUACUAUAUCGUCCGAAAAGGUUAUCUCAACAUCAAGGCUCUCUACAGCGCAAGCAAAACAGAUGCCUACUAUUACAGCUUCGGCUUCAGCUGGCGUGCGUAUGCAGCAUACCUCAGCGGCAUUAUGGUCAAUAUUGUCGGCUUUGCUGGUGCUGUUGGAAAGGACGUUCCUGUUGGUGCGCAGUACAUCUAUAACGUCAACUAUUUCUCCGGAGUUAUUAUUUCUGGACUAGUGUACUUUGUGCUCACGUGGGCUUGGCCUGUUGCGGAGACUAGUGACCGCUGGAAUGAAGUUGAUAUUGAUGAAGUUCUUGGGCUUGAUGUUGAUUAUGGACGGGAUCCGGAGGAUGUUGAGGGCAUUGCGGGUGAGAGAGAUGGGGAUUUGAAGGGCGAUCAUAAGGUCAGGGCUUCUUAUUUAAAAGACUGA